AUUGCUGUCUGAAUAUUGAGUUUUAUUUGAAACCAGCCUAUAUUACCGUGUUUCAGAGACCCGACUUACGACAACUAACGCCAUCUGUCAGCUAUGUUUCGGAACUGUCAUUUCAAAAUAUUCGUAUUUUUAUGUUGCCUGUUUCCUUGAUAUCAAUGUUUUUUACGUGUAAUAAAAAAGAUAAAUUAUUUAUAACUCAUUAUGAAUUGUUUUAAAUUGUUAUAAAAAAUAGGUUUUAGUCAUUGAACACGCCUUCAUGAUAUCGCGUGGUAUAAUUCCAGGCAUGGCGAACAAAGAUGCCGCGAAAACGACCAAAACGCGGAACAGACAGAAAAAAUACAAGUUUAGAAAGGGCAAGUCGAAAAAGAGCAAUAGCCCCACUUAUACGGAUAGUCCUUCUCGAACGCCAUCGCCAGACCCCGUUUCCGCACCCUCCCCGCCCUCCCCUAAGCCUAUUCCUAGCCCCACCACAUCCAACGAUAUAGAUAUGUACCCCAAGUUAAAAAUUAAACGUGCUACCCAGAGAACGAAGACUCCAGAAACAACAUAUAUUAGUGAAUAUUACCCACAAAAGCUGAAAAGGCACACACCGAAAAAGAAAACAAUUUUGAAAAAUAGUCAUAAUUUGAAGGAUAUUAGUGAGAGGAGAAAAAGAAAGCCGAUUGUACCACAAAAAGGUGACGUGACAGAACCCAAAGACCCUCAGCGGAUAGAGUACUCUGAACUCAGCAUGACCGAGAUAGUGAGGUUAAUGGAGGACACACAGAAGCUAGAUGACGAUGACCUGAUGGAGAUACUGACGUGCCCAAGCCCUGUGUGGUGGGAGGACGCGCCGUACGACGAGUAUUGCGAAGAUCCCAUAGAAAAGGAGUUAGUCAAGGAAGCAAUAGAGGGCAUCUCGGAAUCUCCGCCACCAAUAGAAGAAGACGUCCAAAUAAGAGCGCAGCUGUUGAACAGACAAAACAAGAACAAACAAGUCAUUAAAAAGAAGAACAAAUUAGAACAUAUUUUAAGCAAUUUAAAGAAUAGAAUUUUUACUGCAAAAAAAGAUGAUGAAAUUUCUAAAGAUAUCGUCGUAGAACCUAUUUCAAUUAACAAUGAAGUUAUUAAAAAUGAAAUUCAACAUGAUUGUGUAAAAAAUGAAGUUCCUAGUAAUAAGAAUGAUGAAAUUAAAUAUAAUGAAAAUAAUGAGCAUAACGAUAAUGAAAUUAUUCAUGUUGCUGAUGAUGAGAUUCACAAUUCUUAUAAUGAAAAUAUAAAUAUGAGUGUUAAUACUAGCGCAUUUAAAGUGUUAGAUAGCAGCGAAGGAGAGAUCCUGUCAGACAUAAGCGUGAAUGAAGACGAAUUGCUAAAAGAUUUGGAAACCAUAGAAAUACCUAUAAAAGAAUCAUCACCGGUAAAGAGGCAAGAAAUGGAAAUAAAAGACAUCGUGCCAGAAACCCUGCCGCCGCUCCUGAAGUUUCCUUACCAAUCUAAUAAUGUAGAGUUUAACGAAAGCGCGAAAUUCAGUUAUACUGAAUCUUCGAAGGAGAAAAGCUCUGAUGACGCCAUUUCUGACGAGUUUGAUAGCAUAUCUGACACGAAUGUCCGCUUUCUGGAUGAUGAUGAUGUUGAAAUGCUUACACGGUCAGAAGAGAUGCUCUCAGAUAUAGUAAUAGAUGAAACUCCGAUCAUAGACAAUACAACUAGAGUACCAGAAACAAAGCCAGAAAAAGAAAAAAGAAAGUGUAAAGUUAUCAAACCAAGGAAGGUAAUGAAAACUAAAUAUAAACGAAACGAGAAAGUUGUCGCGUUUUUUAAACAUAAUAAAUUUGUUAAAAAGAUUAAAGCUGAUGUGGAUGAAGAAAAAAGGUGUACCAGGAUUAUGAGUAUGCCUCGCAGUAUAGCUAAUCAAAGGAAGUUAAUUUGCGGUUGUGGAAGAAUUACAUGUGUAUUCUGUUUUUCGAAAAGGAAUUUUGUGAACAAUCGAUAGUGAAAUUGUUUAUUACCAAAAUUGAGUAGGGUGUUAAGGUGGGCAUUUGGAGAGGAUGAUAGGAGACUCAAAGGAGAUUUAUGGAUGAACCUUUGAAUGUCAGAUCACAUUCUUAAAGGACAGGUCAAAAGUACCCAAAACCGACGAUGCAUGGAAAGAUUGAUAAGGAAGCGAGAGAAGUAU